CACACAUACCGACCUCCAUCUGGCCGAUGGAAGGUGAUAAGACUAAACGAUUGAUGAAAACCUUGACAACUGGAUUAGUCAGGCGUUUUCCUUCCGGACACCAUAUUGCUUCCCAAUAAUUUUUUUUCUGAUGCAAUACCCAGCCAGCUGUGUGGCCCCCUCCAACCACAGGGUGGGAUGGCAACUCACUCUCUUCAUUCUUGUGCUCUUUUCCUAUUCAGAAAGUUGUCAACAGACUGAGCAAUGGCUGGAUUCUGCCGACUCUUGACAGAAUGCAUGGGAAGUUGUUUCCCCUGCUGUAGCUCAGCUAGUGUAGCUGCAGCCACAGAAGAGAGCAGUGGUGGAACCCGAAGUCCUCCAGAGGAUACAAAGGACCUCAGCAGUGCUGCAUCAGAACUACGGAUCAUCCUUGUUGGGAAGACAGGGGGAGGGAAAAGUGCCACAGGAAACACCAUUCUGGGUAAAGAUGAAUUUAAGUCCAAGCUUUCACUAAAGCCUGUGACUGAGACUUGUAGGAGAGAAAUCCGGGAGAAGAAGUGGAAGGGGAAGCAAGUGGUUGUCAUUGACACUCCAGUGAUCGUUGACACCAUCAUUAAAGGUCCGCAGAAGUCUCAGGAGAUCCAGAAUUGCCACCGUCUGGCCCGGCCAGGCCCCCAUGCUCUGGUGUUUGUGAUCCAGGUGGGCCGUUUCACAAGGGAAGACAAUAAAGCUGUGAAGAGGGUAUGGAAGGUCUUUGGCAAGAAGGCUGCAAAGUACACGGUUGUCUUAUUCACCCACAAAGAAGACUUGGAUGGGAAACUCCUGCAAGACUAUAUAGAGGAGUCAAACAACAGGGCCCUUCAGGCCUUGCUCAGAAAGUGUGGGGACCGUUACUGUGCUUUCAACAACAGAGCAACGAGAGAGGAACAGGACACCCAGGCUGAAGAGCUGCUCUUGCAAAUUGAGAAGAUGAUGCAGGAGAAUCGAGAGAAGCCAUAUCUCAAGCCGCUUCCCAGGGGGCUGACGGGGAGGACAACAGAAAGGAAACCAGAUAAAGAGGACAUGGGCAAGGAAGAAUUGCCAAAGCAUUGUGAGAAGAGGGCAAUGGAAAGUAAGGCAGAGGAGGAAGAAUUGGGCACAGAAGAAUUGCCAAGAGAGGAGGAGACAAAUGUUCAUGAGGAAAGGAAGAUAUCAAAUGAUGAAUUCACAGAGUCUGAGGAUGUCAGCAGCUUCCCCAUGGAAUCAGAAUGGUGUAUUGUCCUUGUUGGAAAGUCAGGAGGAGGAAGAAGCACCACAGGAAACACCAUCCUGGGUGAAGAGAAGUUUGAGUCCAAACUUUCUCCAAAGUCAGUGACCCAGGUUUGCAGGAAAGAGAAACGGGCAGAGGAGUGGGAGGGGAAGCAAGUGGUUGUGGUUGACACUCCAGCCAUGUUUGACGCCAACAUUAAAGACCCCCAGAAGUCCCAGGAGAUCCAGCAUUGCCUCCAUCUGGCCAGGCCAGGCCCCCACGCUCUGGUGUUUGUGACCCAGGUUGGUCGUUUCACAGAGGAAGACAGCGUGGCCCUGAAGCAGGUGGAGAAGAUCUUUGGCCAGGAGGCCACAAAGUACAUGGUCAUCUUAUUCACCCGCAAAGAAGACCUGGAUGGGGAACAUCUGCAAAACUAUAUAAAGGAGUCAAAGAACAAGCCCCUUCAGGACUUGGUCAGAAAGUGUGGGGACCGUUGCUGUGCUUUCAACAACAGAGCAACGAGAGAGGAACGGGACAGCCAGGCUGAAGAGCUGCUCUUGCAUAUUGAGAAGAUGAUGCAGGAGAAUCGAGAGAAGCCAUAUCUCAAGCUGCUUCCCAGGGGGCUGACGGGGAGGACAACAGAAAGGAAACCAGAGAAAGAGGGCAUGGGCAAGGAAGAAUUGCCAAAGUAUUGUGAGAAGAGGGCAAUAGAUAGUAAGGCAGAGGAGGAAGAACUGGGCACAGAAGACUUGCCAAGUGAUUUGGAGGCAAAGAACAGGCCUCUGCAGGACUUGGUCGGAAAGUGUGGGGACUGUUGCCAUGCUUUCAACAACAUAGUGACAGGGGAGGAACGGAAUGUCCAAGCUGAAGAGCUGCUCUCUCCAAUUGAGAAGAUGGUACAAGAGAAUCGGGAGGAGCCGCGUCUCAUGCUACUUCCCAGGGAGAUGAAGGGGAGGGUAGCAGAAAGGAAACCAGAGGAAGAGGAAAUGGAAAGGGAAGAAUUGCCAAGGGAUUGUGAGAAUCAAGAGGAACUGCAUCUUGAGAGCCAUGAUGCCCCAGCUUCAAAACCCAGGAGUGGCCACUCUGAAGAAUAGGGUGCAAGGGGUCCCAGAGGAUUUUUUAGGAUGCUUUGGUACCAUGGCCCAUGAGAGAGCCAUGGUGUGUCGGCCAAGAGUUCGCUUUAGUGAGUGGCCUGGCUCUUGUGCUGGAGUCCUCAUCCCAUCCAGCCCCACCUCCCCCAUGUUCAUAUGCUUGAUUACUGGUCCCAGAAGCCCUUUCUCCAUUCACUCCAACCUUUCACUGCCAUGCAACCAGUAAUCUGGAGGAGGGUGGAAUACAGGGACCUGUUGAGGCUCUCGCAAUCCUUGCUUCAUCUGUUCUUCAGUGACAUGGUUCAGGCCAAGUUGCACAGCCUCAGCCCACAGGGUGUGGUGGACCCCAGCCCCUCCCACUGUGGGUGCCCCAUCCCGAAGAGAGCUAAUGGUGUGCCGUGAUUGGCACCAGAGCUAACUGAAAUGCUAAUCUGACUGAAUGUCUGUUGCUUCUCAGCUAAUGAAGAAGAGCUUGCCGCAAAAACCAAGAUGUCUUAGUUUUAUGUGUUCCUGCAGGAUGCAUCUGGCUGAGGCUGCUAACUGUGCCAAAACUUCAGGGUUGUGUUUGAUGCAAUCCAACUCCUCUUCUGAACUCAUGGUCUGAAUUCAUCCAGGGGUGGGAUUCUGAACUAACUUGGGCUCUACAGGGACUUGGGAACAAUGGUUCAGGUUUUGGUCUAGCUUUUAAAAAAAAAGAAAAAAAAGAAUGAGUCUCUCUCUUUUUCACCUGGCAAUCUUAUGUGUUUAGUAGGUGAAUCUGUCAUUUACAUAAGGAACUUUAAGUAUAGGUAACCCUUCCUGGCAAAACACAAAAUAUUUUGAGAAAACAUGGCCUGAAAGCUAAUGUAAUUUGUACAGCACCCAUGAAGCUGAAAUAGCAUCUGGUUAAGUCCAGGCUUUAUGACAGUAAGUGUGAGAGAGGGGAGGAUUGUUUGAUUUGUGAGAAGGAAGAGGGUUGUUGCCAAAUUAAAGGAACAGUGUAUAAGAUUGUAUGUCUGGAAUGUGAAGAAUCUUACGUUGGGGAGACGCCUGUUAAAACGGUACUAAGAGUGUUUGGCAGACAUGCAACAUAAAAAUCGAUUGAAACCCUGGGCAAGGCAUAUGAAAGAAAAACAAAGGGAGAUGAGUUUAUUUUGGCUAUUGAACUUAAUAAGUAAAGCUUAAGAUAAGGGGCCAUGUAUAUUGAAUAGCUGCAACCAACUAUUAAUGCUAGGGAAGAAAUGAAUGAGGUAAUGAAAUGUAUUGGUCUAUAAAAGGGUUAACAUUUGUUCUGUAGAGUCAUCUCCUCCCUCUCCUGUUCUUGGAUUGGUUAUUUAGCCUCAGUUACUGUAUUUAAUCUUAAGGGUCAUGUUUGUAAGAUCUUUGUUUUAUUUGUUUUAUUUAUGCAUUAAAAGAGGUCUUAAAUCUUG